GAAGUGCUGGAUGGUGAUGCUUCUGCUUGCAAAAGCCCGGGAAGGAAGUGGAGCUGUGUUUCAUUGCAGUGCAGAGUGACAACCGAGCAGGAGGAAAGAGGGGAAUUACCACAUCUGCAGCCAUGCCUGCUUUCCGGCAGGUUGGAGAGAAGCAACUGCCCCAAGAGAUCAUUUUCAUGGCUUGGUCUCCCAAGAGGGAUCUGAUUGCCUUGGCCAACAAAGUUGGAGAGGUUUUACUUCACCGUCUUGCAAACUUUCAACGAGUCUGGAGUCUGCCACCAAGUGACAGUACAGGGAAAGAUGUGACGGCCCUCGCAUGGAGACCAGAUGGCAAAAUUUUGGCUUUUGGACUUGCUGAUACCAAGAAAGUCAUCCUGUGUGAUGUGGAGAAACCAGAGAGUUUGCAUUCUUUCUCAGUGGAUUCUCCUAUUACUUACAUGCACUGGAUGGAAGUUACAGAAGAAAACAGUGUCCUGACUUCAUUUUAUGAUGCUGAAGAUGAAUCUAAUCUUCUCCUUCCUAAGCUACCUCCCUUGCCAAAAAAUUAUAGUACCACUGCAAAAAUCUUCAGUGAAGAAAAAUCUGAUGAAAUUAUGAAACUCAUGGGCGAUGUCAGACUGAACGCUCUGGUGCUUGGAGGCAAUGAUGGAUUUAUUGAGAUCUAUGCUUAUGGGAUGUAUAAAAUUGCUACAGUAACAGGGGUAAUUGGUUCUUGUCUCGCCCUUUGUUUAUCGAGCGACUUGAAAUCACUCUCAGUUAUUACUGAAGUAGAGGUUUCUCCAGAGAGUGAUCCAGAAAUAACUUAUUUCCAAUUGGACACUAGUCUGUUAUCCACCUAUUUACCAGAAGUGACUAGAAUGGCUCGAAAAUUUACUCAUAUUUCAACUCUUCUGCAGUACAUAAAGCUUUCUCUGACAUGUAUGUGUGAAGCUUGGGAAGAAAUAUUGAUUCAGAUGGAUUCACGGCUAACCAAAUUUGUGCAGGAAAAGAAUACAACCACUUCUGUACAAGAUGAAUUCAUGCAGUUAUUGUUGUGGGGCAAAGCUAGUCUUGAGCUUCAAGCCCUGUUGAUGAAUCAGCUCACAGUCAAGGGCUUAAAAAAACUUGGCCAGUCCAUGGAAUCCUCAUACUCCAGUAUUCAAAAACUUGUCAUAAGUCACCUGCAAAGUGGCUCAGAAGCCUUGCUCUAUCAUUUAAGUGAACUUAAAGGAAUGGCAGCGUGGAAACAAAAGUAUGAGUGUCUAGGAUUGGAUGCCUCAGGAAUAGAAGAAGCAGUUACUGCAGUGGGUUCCUUCAUCCUGAAAGGAAAUGAGCUACUUCAAGUUAUUGACAGCAGUAUGAAAAAUUUCAAAGCUUUUUUCCGGUGGCUCUAUGUGGCUAUGCUGAGGAUGUCAGAGGAUCAUGUCCCUCCAGAACUAAACAAGAUGACUCAGAAAGAUAUCACUUUUGUUGCUGAUUUUCUUACUGAACACUUCAAUGAGGCACCCGAGCUAUACAAUCGUAAGGGAAAAUACUUCAAUGUUGAAAGAGUUGGUCAGUACUUGAAAGAUGAAGAUGAUGACCUUGUAUCCCCACCUAACACAGAGGGAAACCAGUGGUUCAACUUCCUAAAAAAUAGCAAUCACCUUAAAGAAAGCCCUUUGUUAUUUCCAUACUACCCUCAGAAGUCACUGCAUUUUGUUAAAAGGCAAAUGGAGGGAAUUAUUGAUCAGUGUCUGCAAAAGCCAUCAGAUGUCAUUGGGAAAUCAAUACACCAAGCAUUUUCUUUGCCUUUAUACAAAGCAUCCAAAAGUGAGGAUUCAGUUUCUCGGCUGUUCAAGUUGCCCUUUUUGUGGAAUGAUAAAACCUCCAAUCUGCAUUACAUUUUGUUCACAAUGUUAGAAAACUCCAUUUCUAAAAUAUAUAUAUUGAGGAGGCAUACCGACGUUUCAAGGACUGCAAAUAAUGGACUACUUGCCGUUGACUUUGGAAAUUUUCUGAACAACAGUAUUAGUGAAAGUUCAAGUACAAGCUUCUACAGUUGCCUUGAUGCCCAUUUCUAUGAUGAUGACACUAUAACAGUCAUUAUCACUGAGAAUGUAGAACAAGAGGGGAAAGACAGGAUUUUGGCCCAGCUGCCUUUGUCAUCCAUAUAUACCGAGGAGAACCAAGAACUGGAAUUCAGCUGGAAUUCUGGUCAAAGGUUAGACAUGCAGUGUGAUGGCAUUCCUACUCGUACUGUCACCAUAGAAGGCCAGUGGAGGAUGCUAGAGAACAUGAAGGCCCAGUAUGUUGCCGUGAAUGGUGUCCGAAAAGUUUCUUGUGUGCUAAGUUCGAACCUGCGUCACAUCCGAGUGUUUGAAAUGGAUGUUGAAGAUGAUGGAGAAGCUGAAGAGGAAGAGGAGGAGGAAGCAACACAGGUUGUUGGUCCGGACCAAGAGGAACUCAAACAAACUACUGAAAACCCUGAAAAGAGUGUCUGUUCUGACUCUGGUGAAUUGACAGAUCAAACAGAAGAACAUGAAUCAAGUCUCCGUGUCUAAGGAAAACUCAUGUCAGUGUCUUGUUGUGUUACAAAGAAGAAACAGAAGCAUGGUCUUGGUUGCUGAGUGUUUUUGGUGGGAAUGAAUCACAUUGAUUUUUUAAAACUACAGUACAUUAGUGCUGCUUUGAGUGGACAAAUCCCUGAAUGUUCCCUUUUUCCAUGACUUCCAAGUUCAGUUUUUGUGUGUGCUACGAGUACAUUGUCUGAAUAAGUACAUAAACGUUUUUGGAAAGAUGUUUCUACUUUAAAAAUGUUAGUCGUACCUUCAUUUUCAAUACCUAUUGUCUCCAUUUCCCUGAUCUUUUCAUAGUAUUGCUUUCAGGUGCCAUAGGUUGCAUUUCCAUGGAUGCAUUUCUGUUCACUUUCCCAAGCAGCCUGUGUGACCUGAGAAGUGGAUGGAAACCUAUUCUGAAGCCUGUUUUGAUUUCCAGUGUGAAUUUUGUAAGGGAAGAUAAAUUAAAAAGGAGUAUAUUUUUCUGUA